UAUUUUUUUGUUGACAGACAUGGAUGCUAUUUUUCACGAGAAGCAAGAGGGAUCUCUAUGUGCACAGCAUUGCCUCAAUGGCCUACUUCAAGGCCAGUACUUCUCCCCUGUUGAUCUGGCCCAGAUAGCCCAGAGCCUUGAUGAGAAGGAGAGAAGCUUCAUGGCAGAAGGGGGACUGCACUCCGUAGAGUAUCAGCAGUUCCUUGAGCAACCAUCCACCAAUUUUGAUGACAGUGGUUUCUUCUCUAUCCAAGUGAUCCAAGAGGCCUUAAGUGUAUGGGGACUGGACUUGGUACCCUAUAACAGUCAAGAUGGCAUUGCAAUACAAGCUCGCAGGGAGCCAAUCCAUGAACAAGCCUACAUAUGUAACUUCAAGCAACACUGGUUCAGUGUCCGGAAACUGGGUCACCAGUGGUUCAACCUCAACUCCCUCCUCACUGGGCCAGAACUCAUUUCCGACACAUACCUCUCUCUCUUUCUUACACAGCUGCAGCAAGAGGGCUAUGCAAUAUACAUCAUAGUAGGCAAACUACCCAACAGUGAAGCAGAUCAGCUCUUAAAAAUGAUUCCUGCAGUUCAGCCAAUCAAACCUACUCUUAUCAAUGAGGCAGCUGAAACAUCUGACCAAUCAGGUGAUGGGGACAUGGAACUGCAGCGUGCCAUUGAGGAGAGUCGCAGGCUAGUCGAGAAUGAUGACACGAUGUUACAAAAGGCUUUAAAGAUGAGCAUGUCAGGUUAUAUAGUGGAUGAUGAGGUAAGUGUAGGCCCAAGACUGUUGAGUGAACAACCUGGCACAAGUACUGCAGGUGCCCCCAAUCCCACUCAGGAAGAGUUAAGGCAGAAGAGGCUUGCAUUUCUCAGCAAGGUUGAUAAUACUCCGUCCACACCCAACCAGUCAGAAUCUACACCACCAGCUAAGGAAGAUGAACUGAGUGAAGAAGACAUGUUGAAGAGAGCAAUGGAGAUGUCAAUGCAGCAAGGAGAGCAGGCAUGAUGACAGCUGUUUGUAGUCAGCUGUGUUUCUUUAGUAGAAUGCAUCUGUGAUAGAUGGCAUACCAGUGUUUGGUGCCAUCAGCUGUUUGUAGACAGACAUGGCAUCUUAGAGAAACUCUGACGAUGGUGACUUUCUCUACUGACCAGAAAAUGCAACUUAACUCUUCAGGGAAUAAUUGCUUGAUACUUCUCAAGCCUAACCAACUUACAACUGUUAAGACUGCUGUAAGUUUGUAAGUGAUAUGUAAAGCCUUUAAGUGUGAGGGUACUGAUAAUCAAAAUUGUAAGCGGAAUGGUUUAAUUUGCAUAUUACAUAAUAACAUUUGCCCUUGUUAAACAAGACAAGGAAAACUUAAAUGAGUAAGAAAUAUAUGAGCAAUAGUCAAAUUAGUCAGCACACAAGUCUGUGAAUGACAUUUUAAAGAGAUCAGAUCGAAUACAGCAACUCCAUAUUGAGAAACUAUAUAUUUCCAUGGACAUUAUUUUGUAGGACUAGCUAGUUUGUAUCACUUUUGAGGGCUUGAAAUGUUGACUAGAAUGUUUUUGAUGUGGACACCCAGGACAAGAAUGAAACUGUCUCUUUGAACCUACUACUACUACUACUAUUAUUAUUAUCAGUUCCAUAGAAGUAUGAUAAAACAUAUAUCUAUUGCUGGUGUAGGUGUACUCAAAGAAAUCAGUGUUAAGUGUGAAAUAUUGGUAGAUUUUAUGUAAAACAUUGCUGGUAGUUACUAAUUUCUCAUAUUUGAACGACUGAAUAUGUGCAGCACCAGGUUGGUAGUUUGUUUAUUCACAGACUAAAUGUUAUCAUGCCAGCAUUUCAAGCACUGCAAAAUUGAUGCAUGUAACGCUCCGAUUGGAGGUGUGGAUAGGUGGGCGAGAUGGCUGUAAUAAGGAUGUUUGACUAAUCUGUUCAAACAUCAUUUAGAAGUUUGACAAUCAAGUUGUUUCUGAAGAUAAACCAAAUAUUGAUAAAUGUUCUACAUUACCUGAAAACAGGACACUUCCUAAGGAAAUUACCCCAAACACAUAGCGUGACACCACAGACAAUGUGGUGUUACGCUGUCAUCCUAUGAGGUUAUGUGAAUCAACUCUACCAUGUGUUUUACAGGUGUUAUUAUUUCACUUAAGUUGGUAUUUCACUGCCAUAUUUAGAAUGCAGCCUUGUUGCUGCAAGAUAAAGUACAAUAAUACCUGUCUGAAUUCAUAAAAGUUUUCUGUUGUUGAUGUAUGAAAAUUGCAAUUGGACUAGUAUUGUACAUAGUAAGAUUUUUCAACAAAAGAUAUCUAUUUUAGAAUAAUUUUAUAUUUGUUCACCAGAUAUUUUCCACCAGGCAGUUUCUAUUUUGUGAUUAUUAGAACAGGUAUGCAGUGUUCUUUAAGAGAGAGAUGGUUCCUCAAGGUUUGUUCCAAUAGUACUUGAAUAUAGGGACUCUCUACAUAUUUACCCUUAUGACAAGGGCCCUUGACUUCCACUAGGUUACUUUCCAAUACUGAAGCGCUAGUGUUGCAUGUAAUGGACCUGGGUUCAAGUCAAAUAUGUGAUUUACAUUAUUCAUAAUUUCUGUGAGUUGACAUAUGUCAUAAAAUGCUUUGGUGUGUUCAUUAUACAGUAAUCCUCACUUCAUCUAAACAUUUCUUUGACCACAAACUAUUUUGGGGUGGUCUGUUGUCUCAGUACUACUUCACUGAUCAUGGCUUCUUAGAAGCUAAUUUCAUAGUAUAGCUUUUUCAAAUUAUGAAGUUAGGUUUAUGAUCUACUGCAGCGGACAGUUUCUGUCUAUAGCAGUACUAGGACGAUUAAGUCUUAUAUUUGUGUUCAGAAAAGACAUUUCAAUUUUGGAUUUUAUUUCAAUUAAUACAAUUACCUCAAGUGUUUCUAAUCUUGGUUUACAGAAUAUUUCCACAAUUAAACACAUUGUAUUUAGCAGGGAGCUCUAAUAAAAGCAUUGAUGUACACAGAAUUAUCAACAAAUUGAAUGCAGAAAAGAACUGCUAGAAGUCCAUAGUUUACUUAUUUCUAAAACACUAAUAUGAGAAGUGCUGUUUCUCUUUAAAUUUCAAUUCCCCCCCAAUUUUGAAAACCUAGUUAGCUGGUAAGUAUACCAAGUUUUGAAAAUGAAUGUCAACAAUGGUAAACAUACUGUCGUAAGUGGGAUUCAGACUAUUUAACACUGUUGAUCAUAAACAAUUGAUAAAUUGAUUGUGUAUGUUUUCUACAUUAUUUAUGACUUCGACAUGCACAUCCUGUGUCAUCCUAUGUCAUGUUUUCAGAAUCUCCUGAUGAAAGGAAUAAAUGUGGAAAUUCCCAACUUUUGUUACUUUUAUAAACUAUGCAUCUUUCAUGUGCAAAUUUGUAAGUAAAUGUAAGUAUGUCUAGCUCAAUAAAAACAAAAGCACUAACUGCA